AUGUAUAAAGCGAAUAAGAAACUUUUUCAAUUUCAAGCGAAUAAGCGUGGUAGAAAUUUCCAUAGGAGAGUAGUAGUAGAUCUAAGGCACACUGGCUUUGAACGAAACCGAUGCGAAGUAAGAAUGAAAUUAAAAACACCAUAUGCAGCAAUUUUUAAAAAAAACACAGAUGGUGUAAUUUGGGACGUUUUGGGCUUUCUUACACACUGCCCAUGUGGAAAUGCAGGAAAUGAACGACUUAACACAAUUCAAGGAGAGAUAUUGGUGGCUGAGAGAAAGUUGGAGGGAUUGGAAGCUCGCAUUAAAGCUGCCUAG